AUGACCCGAGGCUGGAGUGCUGGGAAACUCCCGCGUGGUACCAGUGGAAUUCGCAAUGCUCCGCCGCUGUUCGAUGCCCUGACUGCAACCGCUCACGACUUGCAAAAGGCGCUGGCUGAUGGCAAACUGAGAAGCACUGAUCUGGUUCAGGAGUAUGUGUGGAGGACGGAGGAGUACAAUGGCUACCUUCGCGCCGUGGCACAGUAUGCUCCCAAUGCUUAUGAACGAGCUCAGGAGCUGGACGAACAGCGCACUUCAGGCCAAGUAGCCACUGGACCGCUGCAUGGGAUUCCAGUCCUCUUGAAGAACACAAUAUCGACAGAUGCUUCUUUGCAAAUGGACACUACUGCUGGCGCCGCUGCACUCAUAGGGUCCAUACCGUCGAAGAAUACCCCUUUGGUUGACCAGCUGCUCGAUGCCGGGGCUAUCAUAUUGGGCAAGGCAACCUCAUCGGAACUCAAUUGGAACAAGGAUUGUAACCUUCCAUGUGGCUGGUCCACUGUCGAUGGUCAAUCACAGUCACCAUAUGUCUUCGGAGGACUGAGAAAUAUCGCGGACGAUGGGUUGGGAGGCCAUAGCAACCCAGGCGGGUCUUCUACCGGUGUUGCAGUCGCACUUGCUGCAGGACUAGCACCCAUUGGAGUUGGUUGUGAUACCGAAGGUUCAAUCACGGCACCCGCAAUAAGAGCUUCCUUGUAUUCGAUGAGACCAAGCACCGGCCUUGUGUCGAGCCAGGGAGUUGUGCCUCUUGCCCAUUCCUUUGAUACUCCGGGUCCGUUGGCAAAAGACCCAGAAGACCUUGCGAAUCUUCUGGAUGUUCUGAAAACUGAUAGCAAGGUCCUAACUGAAAGAAACUUGCCUCUGACGCCCAAGAAGCUUGAUUGGAGCUCGAUCAAGAUUGGUACUCUUGCUCCAGACAGAUCCCCCUACCCAGAUUUCAUCGUCAAGCCAGUUGAAGAAGCCACCGAACAAGCUACCAGGGAAACGCUCAAGGCGUACUCAACAUUGAAAUCACUCGUCGGGAUCUAUCACGAAAACGUCGACCUUCCUGAUGUUGACGCCUUCAACGUAGGCGAUGACCAUUCGCUAUACACCGUUAUGGAUGCGGAGACACAGGGAGAUACGGACCACUAUUUACAGUCAUUGUCCAAGUCCAAGGUCCGAAGCCUUCAAGAAUUGGUGGAUUGGAAUAAGGAUAACCCAGACAGCUCUUUGCCAUCAGAAUAUCAAGGUCAAUCUACUCUCAUCAACUGCCUUGAGACUGUUCCAAAAGAGAAGGUGGAGAUGCUGCGUAAACAUAAUCUGGCACUGGGUGCUAAGCUGGAGGCUACGCUCGAGAAAUACGGCAUCGAUGUGAUCAUUGGCGCCGGAGAUAGCGUCUUUGGUAUGUUUGCAGCCGCCAACGGCUCUCCUAUUUCUGCAUUGCCAUUGUCAUACCUCGAUUUCAAUGGAAGGGCAAUUGGUCUUGUUGCGUUGGCAGGCAGGCACAAGGAAGCAGAACUACUCAGAUUCUUGGACCACUACGCCACUCUCUUCGUUCGCAAGCCCCCUCUGGCAUUCGAGGAUCAUAAGGUUCCUGGAAAGGGCCUCCAGGGUCAGUUGUAGCCCAACUCUGCACCAUCGGUGGAAAAUUAGAUUGGUGGAGCUCACCCAGGAUGCACUAAGCUCUUUGACUCGAUGGACUUGUAGACUCAGUAACAUUGUUGCACGAACUUUUCU